AUGUGGCCAGGAGGGGAAGUGGGAGACGGUGGGUUGGGGGGGGGAAAACACACAGCGGGAGACAUGGGGUCGUCAGGUAGGGCGCAAGGGGCGGUGGGGUUUAGACAUCGAAGUACGGUGUGGGCAACGAGAGAGAGUCGUGGAGAGAAGAGAACAAAAAAACAACCAAAGAAAGGAACAACGAGAGCGAAAUAG